UGAAUAAAAUAAUUUCUAAAAAAUAGAUAUGUACGAGUAAUUAAAUGCCAUUUAAAUGUUUAAUUAAUUUUUAGUUUGAGUUGAAACAUGUUUUCUUAUUCCCAAAUUUCGCUAUGUCCUGAAAUCUCGACCACACGACAAACAUUUUAGAGUAAACUUGCGAAACUUUAUUAAAAUGUCGUCAAUCGAACGGAUUAAACAGAAUGCGGAUUUAGCAAAGCAAACAAUCCAGGAACUAAAAAAUGAGUUAAACUUUCUCAACAACGAAUACAACAAUAUAUUAGCUCGAGAACUGCGUGAAGAAAAUGCACGAUUGCUUGCUGCAGUAGAGGAAGCAAAAGCACAUCUUGUGAAACUGGAAGUUAAGAAUGGAAUUCCUCAAAUUCCAGUCCCCAACCAGACUUCACGUCCUAUUACAACAUCGGUGGAGUCGCAGCCCCCUAAAGAAGAGUCUCAGCCAACACAAAAACCCCAAAAAGAGGCCAAACCCAAAAAAGAGAAGAAACCAAAAGAGGCCCCUCCUGCGGAGCUCCCGGUCGAUAUCGGGCGUCUUGACCUCCGCAUUGCUAAAGUCGAAGACGUGCAGAGACACCCCGACGCUGACUCUCUUUAUGUAUUAAAAAUCAACUGUGGGGAAGACAAACCAAGGACUGUUUGCUCUGGAUUGGUCAAACAUGUCCCCAUUGAGGAGCUACGCAACCGGGUUGUUAUGCUUCUUUGCAAUCUUAAACCGGUUAAAAUGAGAGGAAUCACUUCCGAAGCAAUGGUCAUGUGUGCUAGCAGUGAACAAGGAGUCGAAGUCUUAAUCCCGCCUCCAGGGUGCUCCCCUGGCGAACCGGUCCAUUGUGAAGGCUAUACCAGACAACCGGACCCUGUAAUGAACCCCAAAAAGAAAAUUUUUGAAACUGUAGCCCCCGACUUGCACACUGAUGCAUCUUUGAGGGCUUGCUACAAGGGGGUCCCACUUACCGUGCCUGAAAAAGGGGCUAUCGUAGCAAAAAGUCUCGCUAAUGUCCCAGUUAAGUAAUUUCUUUCUUAUUUUAUAAGAAACAAAAAACAAUAAAUGACAUCUAUACAUUUAUUUAA